AUGACCCGGAACAACCACGCCUCGCAUCUCGCCUUCCACCAUGCGCGAAAAGCCGCUGCUCCCGCCGCCGACGAUGUCGCCCACCUGGACCUCGGCGUCUUGAUCCCUGCCGAGAAGGAGGUCCACGGCUCCAAGACGCUCCAAGAGAGAGACCCCAGCCCGGCUCUUGUUGCCCGCUCCACGUCAACCAAAGAAUGCAGCUCGAGCCGUGAGUCCGACACGUGCCAGAAGCCCACCGACAGCAGCACUGCCAUCAUCCUCGCUGCAAUCGUUCCGAUUGCUAUUGCCAUCAUCGUGCUCGUGUUCCUUCACCGUAGGCACAUGAAGAAACAGGCUCUUGAGGAUCUCAAUGACAAGCACAAGUCUCUUGAUUUUGGUCUGGACGAGCCCCCCAAGACCGCGCACGGCAAGACCCCGGAAAUGUCCGUCGUGGACGCUGAGAAGGAAAUUCGCAAGGGCGGCCGCGGCAUGUCGAUGGAUAUGGAGAGCAGCCCGUAUUUGAUGCCUGGUGUUGUCCAAGACUCCCGCGAGUCGUUCCACUCCAUGUCGCGCAUCAGUGACAACCACGACCCCUACCGCCCCGUUACCUUUGUCAAGGACGACACCGUGUCGCUGCGCUCGGCUUCCAAGUUCAACGAUGGCAUGUCGACCUACAGCAAGUCCAGUGUUGGCACCGACCGCAUGGGUCUGCUCAAGAACGCUCAGCGCAUGUCCCGGUCUUCGCCCAUGUCUCCCGAAGAUAGGACCAUUCCUGAGAUCCAGUUUCCGGAACCUAGCCACGUCAAGCCUCUGCCAAGCCCGUCCACUGCUUCGCCGAUUUCUCCUGACACCGACACUCCCGAUCUCACUCGCGACGUCCUCAAUGGCAACGAAAAGCGCCGCUCGCUCAAUGCCGACUCGAAGCGCACUUCGGUCCAGGAACCUACUCUGCCGCAAAUCUCCGAACAUCAAGACUCCGAGCCCAAGGUUACCCCGCGCAAGCCCAACCCGCUGAGGCUUGAGUCUAUGGUUGCUUCCGUCCAUAACCCUCAGACCGACAGCAUCAUGAGCAAGUCGAGUGAUUACGGUGAUGGUUUCAAGGUCACUCCUCCCUCGCCCGGCAUGGCCCCCAACCGCAUGUCUGUCGACGGUUCCAGGGUUCCGUCCACGCCGCCGCAGGGUCUGGCCAUCCAAGCCCCUAAGCCAAAUCGCAUUUCCGUGAGCUUGCGCCCGCUGCCGGCUGAAGACCCCACCGAGAACCCCGAGGAACGUGCCAACAGGAUCCGAUCUUUCUACAAGGAGUACUUUGACGACUCGAAGCCCGACCCCGCCGCCAAUCAUUAUGGUGAGACUCAGGAGGACUAUGGCCAAGAAUACAUGGAAGGCGCCAUCUUCGAUCCCGACAAGGGUCACUUUAUCGUCGGUGGUCAGCCUUUUGCCGAGCCCGUUACUCGUCGUGCCAUGACGCCUCCUCCGCGUGCUCCUCCGCGCUUCCGCGGCCACGGGCCUCCAGGCGGGUCGAUUGGCGGUGGACGCCCGAUGAGUCCCGGUUCCCUGCGCAGUGGAACGCCACUGUCCAUGCCUCGCGGUAACUCUGCCAUGAGCUUCCGUGGUCCUCCCAAGAAGCCGCUGCCCCCGCCGUCUAAUCUGUCGUCGCUGCCCACGCCCGCAGCUCUGAAGGAUGACGCGCACAUCUUCAACCCGAUUGACUUCGCACCUCCGCCAACUUUCCGAGACAUGCAGGCCGGUCGUCGUCCUGAUAGUCCGAUGGGUAUCGAGAGGCCGUACUCCCCCAGCGUUCGCUCACACACGCCGCUUGCAACCGCCUUCGACGAACUCGCCGUCAUCCCCAGCCCGCACGCUCUCAGAAAAUCAGGCACCUUCACUUCUCUGGACUUCGUGGCACCGCCUCGCUUCAAGGGCGUUGACAAUGGCAGUGACGCCGCCUCCGUCCGCAGUGGCGGCAGUGGCAUCUCGGCAGCGCAGCUCCACGCUGUUCGCGCCGGUGCCUACCGUGUCAGCCGCAUUGAAAGGGGCUUGGUCGGUACCAAGGAUGAUCUCAUGACUUCUCUCAAGCCAAGCUGGGAUCUUCGCGACACCAACAGCCCUGCGCAGGUAAAACCUGGAAUGUAA